AUGAGUGACUCUCAAGUUAAUGAAGCCGUUUACGGGACAUAUGGACACGAAAUCACUCAGCUGCAAAGAUCCCACCACGACCUCCCACGACCUCCCACGACCUCCCACGACCUCCGACGACCUCCAACGACCUCCCACGACCUCCCACGACCUCCGACGAGCUCCAACGACCUCCCACGACCUCCCACGACCUCCCACGACCUCCGACGACCUCCAACGACCUCCCACGACCUCCCACGACCUCCCACGACCUCCGACGACCUCCAACGACCUCCCACGACCUCCCACGACCUCCGACGACCUCCAACGACCUCCCACGACCUCCCACGACCUCCGACGACUUCCGACGAGCUCAGACGAACUCCCACGACCUCCGACGACCUCCAACGACCUCCCACGACCUCCAACGACCUCCCACGACCUCCCACGACCUCCAAUGACCUCCCACGACCUCCCACGACCUCCGACGACCUCCCACGACCUCCCACGACCUCCCACGACCUCCCACGACCUCCAACAACCUCCAACGACCUCCCACGACCUCCGACGACCUCCCACGACCUCCAACGACCUCCCACGACCUCCGACGACCUCCAACAACCUCCAACGACCUCCCACGACCUCCCACGACCUCCGACGACCUCCAACAACCUCCAACGACCUCCCACGACCUCCAACGACCUCCCACGACCUCCGACAAGCUCCUGCUGCCACUGA